AUGCCCGACUCCGCCCUUUUCUCGCCCGUCCGCGUCGGCCGCCUCGACCUCGCCCACCGCGUGGUCAUGGCACCUAUGACGCGCCGGCGGGCCACCGUCGACUACGUGCCCACGCCACUCAUGGCAGAUUACUAUGCACAGCGUGCAUCGGUACCCGGCACACUCCUCAUUUCGGAGGCGACGUCAGUGUCGCCACGCUCCGCGGCGCUUCCCAACACGCCCGGUAUUUUCACACAAGAACAAAUCGACGCCUGGAAGCCGGUCACAAAGGCCGUGCACGACCGCGGCUCGUUUGUCUACGUGCAGCUGUGGAUGUGCGGUCGGGCAGCACGCCCGGGCGCCGUCAAGCGUGGUGCACCAGUCUUGUCUGCCAGCGAUGUGCCUGUCGGCCCCGACUCACCUGUGCCGCGACCCUUGACCGAAGACGAGAUCCAGACGUGCAUCAACGACUACCGGCAGGCCGCCAUCAACGCCAUCGAGGCCGGCUUUGACGGCGUCGAGCUGCAUGGUGCCAAUGGCUAUUUGUUGGACCAGUUCACGCAAGACGUGUCCAACAAACGCACGGACGACUGGGGCGGCAGCAUCGAGAAGCGGUCACGGUUUGCCGUGGCUGUGGCGACGGCCGUUGCAGACGCCAUUGGCGCCGACCGCGUGGGCUACCGAGUCAGCCCCUGGAGCCGGCACCAUGGCAUGCGCAUGGCGGGUCCUGUUCCGCAGUUUACGGACCUGGUGACGCGUCUCAAGCCGCUCAAGCUGGCGUAUCUGCACGUCAUUGAGGGUCGUGUGCAGGCCAACGCCGACCUCCCGGCGCACCUUGUGGCCGAGCCGGUCGACUUUGUGGCGGAUAUUUGGGGCACGACAUCGCCCGUCAUUUUCGCGGGGGGAUACAAUGCGCAGACGGCGCGGGAGCGGGUGGACAGUGAGCAGGCACGAGUGGAGGCGGACGGAAAGGCACGACAGGCGCUGGUUGCGUUUGGACGGACGUUUGUGUCCAACCCGGACCUGCCACGGCGAGUGCACGAGUGGCUGCCCGUGGUGCGGUACAAUCGGGACCUAUUUUACGAGGUGGAGUCGCCUCAUGGAUACACGGACUACCCGCUGUGGGAAGAAAGUGGCGAGGGCGAGAAAACAGCCGUACGGACAGGCAGAGAUCACGAAUGGCCAGCAGCAACAGCGGGUGUUUUAGUUAUUAAUUAA